ACACCUUAAUUAUUUAUGUUUCUUGUUCUGCAGACAAGGCAAGCCUUUACACCAGAGCAAAUAAAUGAAGCAUGUUGUGUUGACAUUAAUUCCAACAAGGCUGUCUUUGACAGUUUGAGGAAUAACCCAAAAGUGAACUAUGAUGGGAGGUGCUUCGCUUACAAGUCCAAACAUGCUCUGAAGGACAAGAAUCAACUACUCAUCCUAAUACGUAAAUUUCCAGAGGGCAUUGCUGUUAUUGAUCGCAAGGAUGCAUACCCAACUGUCAUGGAGGAUCUACAGGCUUUGAAAGCUGCUGGUCAAAUCUGGCUGUUGUCGAACUUCGACUCGCAAGAGGACAUAGCCUAUCCAAAUGACCCUCGAGUGCCAAUCAAGGUUGAUGACGACCUGAAACUGCUAUUCCGGGGAAUUGAACUACCACGUGAUAUGAUUGACAUUGAGAAGGAUCUUCAAAAGAACGGGAUGAAGCCCGCCACAAACACUGCAAAAAUCUAGACUACACAUUAGUUUUUGCCAAGAUAGUUUGGGACAUAAGUGAGUAGUUCUGUUUCCUGUACAUAAUGAGAUGGAGUUGAGGCUAUUGGAAGGAGUAAACCAGGUUGACUUUUUGACUAACCUAUUCGCGAGUGGGUUAUUAUGUUCAGGUGGGCACAUUUUUUUGAGAAAAUUAGACAUUCAUGUUUGAGAAAAUUAUGAUCAAGAAUGUCUUCCAGCCUGUUAUAACAUGAACAACAGAUCAAGAGAAAACAAUAUACCGAGCAUGUAUUAUGUGUACCUAUGUGCAUAUAUACAUCUAUGAUUAAAUGCAUAGUGUAUGCAAAGCUACUUAACUAAUGCAUUUUCUUCUUUCUUCCUCUUCUUCUUCUUUUUCUUUUUUUUUAAUUAUUUAUUUUUUAUAAUCUUUUCCUGUCAUCAAAAUGAACUAGUGCAUAUUUAGUAUGUUAAUUUUGUAGGCAACUUUUUUACAAAUGAAAGAGGCAGAGAAUACAAGACAACGUGAGGAGAUGCAGCGGCAGCUUUUUGGACUUCAGAGCAUGUUGGCGCAAGUUUUGGAAAAUCGCAAUCUACCAAAUUCUCGACAAUAGAUAGUCAUGGUAAUUGAUGGAUGAACUCGUGCACAAAG